GGGAGCCCUAACUCAGGUCCUUGAAGCUAAACAGCUGACAUGCCUGUUCGUAACAACUAGUAACAACACAUCACAUCUCUAUUGACGAUCCUGGUUUCUAAAUUAAAAAAAACAAGUUUUGGGGGAAAUUCACUCCAGGCCACAUUGGUAUUGAUUAAAGAGGCACAGAAUUUGACUUGGGCAUGGUGGGCAAUCCUCAACGUUGAAACACGAGUACCUGAAUCCCAAAGCCUAUUCAAGUUGACCGUGGCGUCGUGGACCCCGGUUCAACGCAGCCCGGGAUGAGCCCCGUCCUCAGGCCGACCGAGGUUUGAAGUCCACCCUUCACUCAACUGAAGGUGCUUGUUCACGGAUGAGUCAGAACCGCUCUCGCCAUGCAUCACCACUAUUCUGCCUCGCCACCCGCCUCAACGAGCUGGCCUCAGGCCUUCGGGAGUCGCCCUGGCCCUGCGCCCAACGGUGUGCCCGCUCCAGCCCCCACCCAUUAUCCCACGGCUUACCCCAACCCAGCCACUUAUACGAAUAAUCCGUGGUCCCAUCACACCGCUCAGACCACAUCUCACGGCUACCAGCAUCCUCCUAACCCCUCCACAGUCUACCCGAGAUUCGACAUGAUGUCGCAUCAGUACCCGCCCCCCGGCGAGACCGCCCCUGAGACAUUUCAACCUGCUUACUCGAGCGAUUUGGCCAGUGGCGUGCAUGGCUUUGGCGCGGCCAUUCCUCCUCCCAAUAGAACGCCUCGAUAUCCCACCCAUCGGGUCAAACCUCCUUCGAUUCGACCUCUGGGAACGUCAGGCCCGCGAUCCCACGAACCUUCCUCUUGGCGAGGACCCACUCGACUGCCUCCCGCCCCACCCCCGCCUCGUUUUCCCGUCAAAGCCUUUGUGCCAGCGGGCUCGCAGGAGAGUCUGACCAAUGCCACGCCCGUGGAUGUUAAAGAUCCGCACGGCGCCUUGAAACGGUUACAGAUGCUGGCUCAACAAAAUUGUGUCGAGGCCAAGUUUAGUGAGACCGUCUAUGAGGGUAGGGUCAAGGUCACCUUGUUAUUGGGCUCGGAAACGUACGAAGGCACGGGCGGCAACGCCCAGGACGCCAAGCGCAAUGCGGCUCUGCAAGCCGUGACCAACACCCAUUAUCGGCCCAAAAGUACCAUGAAAAUCCGCCCCGAGAACGCCACGCCCACGUCGGAUCUAAACGUGAUGGCUAGUCGGAAGGGGCUGAAGAUGGAGUUUGUGUUCCUCGAGCCUGCCAAUUUCGUGUACAAUUCGGCCAUGAAGAUGUGGAGUAAGGACGACAUGCGGGGUAACUAUCGAGUCAAACUGGAAAUUGCUGGCAUGGAUUUCUACGGACAGGCUGAUAUGCCGCAGUUGGCCAAGCACAAUGCAUCUCGGCAAGCUUUGCCCGUCAUUCAAGCUCUACCCGAUAUGAAGGAUGUAUUGCAACAGCAAGCCAUGAGCUCCUCGGCGAUUUCGGAAUCGGACCAACAAACCAGUAGUCCGGUCGAACCCGUGGCUCCCGCGGAUGCCGCUAUUGAAUUAAAUCGGAUUUCUAUGUGCCGCGAUGUUGCACCCGAGUGGGAGGUAUUAAGUGAAAGUGGGCCACCGCAUCAGAAGCUUUUCACUCUGAAGUGCACAUUUGGCGAGUAUUCUGCCACGGGUACGGCUCGUGCAAAGAAGAUGGCUAAAUCUUUAGCUGCGGCCGACAUUUUGAAAAUCCUUCCUCCAGAAUGGAAGGCCCCUCAUCAGAAAACCAAGAAGAAGCAGAAGAAACGGAAAGCUACGUCAUCAUCCGAGAGCGACGAAGCGAGCAAGAAAGCUUGCACCGAUCCCUCAGGGCCCGAUUCAACUCCGAUGAUUGGUCCAGUUAUCCCUACUAGUCCCUCAAAAUCGAAAAAAGAGGACACUUCUUCGGGGAAACGUGUUUACGAAGUCGUGCAAGUGGCUAAUCCCAUUUGCGCUCUCUACGAAUAUGCGAACCGAGCCAAACUGCCUGAUCCCGUAUUUGAGUGUGUCUCGGAAAAUCUGAUCAAAACUUGGGAGAAGAACGGGAAGUUGUUUCGCAAACUGGAAUUCACCUUCCGACUUGGCUUUAAAGAUAAAGAAUACUUCGCCACGGCUCCUCUAAAGAAAACGGCCAAAACGCAGGUCGCAACUGAAGCGUGGAAUUUGAUUCGAGGUGAAUUGUUCUAGAAUAACAUCACUUUCCCUCCGUUGUCAUGCAAACUGAUGAAAGACGCCUUAACUUUAAUUUGUUGGUGUUAUAAAUAGAAUUAUAUUUGCUUUUUUUCAACUA